UGUGCGCCGAGCAACCACACAAGCAAAGAAAAAAACGUAGAAGCAGAAGAAAAAACAAUCAAACAGAGAAUCACAACAAAAUCGCGUUUUUCCGCGAACAUACAGUGUGUCUGUCGCAGAGACGUGUAUCGUUGAUAGUAAACAGGUGGACAAAACAUUCUUACAUUAACCGUGGUACGGUUCAGACGAGAGUUCCUCAUUCACAUUGUACGCGACCUACAGAAAAAUUAUUUCGAUAUUCAGUUCUUUGAUACAAUAACUAGCUAAGACAGCAUAGCUUUCGCUCGAGGGCUUAUUGAUUUUGGUGUAGAAUUUCAGUGAGUUUCGUUUGGAGAAAAUCCACGGGCCAGUACACGGUUUUAGUGCAUUGAAAAAAAAGAGAAUUUCAGAAAAAAAUCUCAUUUUGAAAUUGAACAUUGAUAAAAAGACGAAUUGACAAUUGUGAACAAACUAUCAACUAUCAAAAUCGGAUUUACAGUGAGACAAAUAUCGAUUGGAUUUAUUUUUCAGGCACGUGCUAUACGAUUUCGCAGCAUAAGACAAUGAGGACUUUCAUCACAAUAAAUUUUAUGUUAAUGUUGAUCUUGGCUCAGAUUUAUGCGGCUGAUGAGGCCGUUGAAAUUGUGAAGGCUGUUUCGCCGGAUAAGAAGACGCCAAAUGAACCUGACACAGAAGCCGAUCAAGUUGCAUUAGAGUCACAGGACCAAGAGUCACCACCGGCUAUGCUAUUGCCACAUGCUCCUCCUCCGCUUGGUGGUAACCGUGCGAAUGUUGGUCAACCUUUUGUGGCUCCGUCACAGCAUUUGGCGUAUCAUGGUCCACCACCACCGCCACCACCCCACUUGGCACAUUUGCGUCUCCAACACCCACCGUUACCCCCGCAAUAUCCAUCCCCGCCCCAAUUCCCCAAAAAACAUCAUCCAAAUGAAAUUCCUGAUGAAAAACAAUUGACAGCCGCAUCUGCAACAAAUGAACUGUGGUCAUCACCGGCUACUGAUACACCCAAAAUCAUUUCACUCGAUGUCAAGUGCGAGAAGAAAGGAAUGAAAGUGUUCCUACAAUUUGACAAACCAUUUUACGGUAUUGUGUUUUCGAAAGGACACUACAGCAAUAUCAACUGUGUGUACUUGCCAGCGGGCUUAGGAAGAACAUCGGCUACAUUUGAAAUAGGAAUUCAUGCUUGCGGUACAUCCGGAAAUCUCGAAACUGGCCAAUAUGGAUACGGAAGUGAUACAAGCUCGGGAACAUAUUUCGAAAACAUCAUUGUACUUCAGUACGAUCCACAGGUGCAGGAAGUUUGGGAUCAAGCACGAAAACUGCGCUGCACUUGGCACGAUCAGUAUGAGAAGAGCGUUACAUUCAGACCAUUCCCCGUUGAUAUGUUGGACAUUGUGCGAGCUGAUUUCGCCGGCGACAAUGUUGGUUGCUGGAUGCAAAUUCAAGUUGGCAAAGGUCCAUGGGCUUCCGAGGUUUCUGGAAUAGUGAAGAUCGGUCAAACAAUGACAAUGGUUUUGGCUAUUAAAGACGAUGAAAACAAAUUCGAUAUGCUGGUACGAAACUGUGUUGCUCACGAUGGUAAACGUGCUCCAAUCCAAUUGGUUGAUCAGCGUGGCUGUGUUACUCGCCCAAAGCUAAUGUCACGUUUCACGAAAAUAAAGAAUUUCGGCGCCAGCGCAUCGGUUCUCUCAUAUGCACAUUUCCAAGCGUUCAAAUUCCCCGACUCAAUGGAAGUCCAUUUCCAGUGCACCAUACAAAUCUGUCGAAUCAGUUGCCCGGAUCAGUGUUCGGAUGGUAAUGUCGGCUUGGAUGUGCAUCAUUUGUCUGUUGGCCCUGAAUCGCAAUAUGGCCCUCCGCCACCACCACCAUUGCCAUUGGAUGCCUUCCUCAAUGGUGUUGCCCGAAACGAUCGACGCAUUCGAAGACAAAGAGCCGCCGGAGAAGAUCCAGAAAAGGAAAUCGGCCUGAAUCGUAUCAUUAAUGUGGUGUCAUCGGGUGAUUUAACAUUCCCAAUUGCAGCUCCGUCGAAUGCAAGCGAAGAACAGCCCACAGUUGUAAUCUCUGGCCACGAAGAAGGUUUGAUUUGCAUGACAACUCCCGGUUUCACGAUUGCCUUAGUCGUACUCUUGAGCAUUCUGUUCGCAUCAUGCAUGCUGUCUGCCUUCCUGUACAUCCGACUUCGUCCUUAUUCACUCAGUAUCAAGGAGCGUGCAAUUUCAUUCACUCCAACGCCAUCGCCAACACAUGCAAUCCCAACCGUGAAACGAGUUGCUGGAAAUACAUUACCAAAAAAACGCUACGCUGUCGCUUAUUCCACAUGAACGAAAAUAGAAAAAAAAUAAGAUUUCCCCAACGAAAACACGAUUUGCAAAUCACCGAACAUAUUUCGAGGAGCAAUUUGGAGUUCUAUACAAUCAACAAUACGAUACACUCAUCAAUGAUCGAAUCGCUUCAUUAAUAGUAUUGAGCAUUUAAGAGGAACAAACAUGAAAAUAUCAUCCAAAAAACGCUCAAUUCAUAUUUGGAUACUUCGAUCAAACUCAGUUUUGAAGGUGUUGUGCCAUUUAAAUAUUUUUUGCUUUGUUUUUUACUCUCUUUGCUUGUCAGAAUUUAUGCAAAAUAACAGAAAAAAAACGAAACCAAAUCGAACAAUUUCAAAGCUUUCCGUGGAAAUUCUUUCGUUGCUCAUCGGAAACAAAAUUGAAACAAGAAAUAUUUUUUGUAACGGAAAUUGAUAUGAUAAACACGUUUGAAGGACAGUUAAAUGAAAAACAGUAACAGUACCAAAUAAGCUAAUAAGAUGUUAAGUUUAAAAUAUUUUAAGUGAAUUUUUUUUUCAUCAUAAAAUCCAGCUUAUGAUGAUACACUAUACACAUUUCGGGCAUUAAUUUAUUUUGUAAAGAAAAUUGUUCUAUCUUUAUCGUACUCCAAUUCGAAUUGAAUCAACACGAAAUUUUGUUAUUGAAAACUGAUGUUAUUUAGACGUAGCACAAUUAAAAAUAAUGAUCACAAAUUCCGAUUUAGAUUCAUCCCGAAAUGUAUAAAUAUAUUAGCAAUAUAGUAGUCGCAUUUCUUUGACGCCUAUCCAUACAUACUCAAACUAAUACACAUGACACAACCCAUACAUCGAGAUCAAAGUAAAGAAAAAAGUGUAAAAAUCUACCUUCCAAAUUGAUUUGGCAAAAAAAACAAUGAUAUUAUUAACAUCAAAACAACAGAAUUAAUCCAUUUCAUCAGAAUAAUUGUAAAAUUAGCGAAUUUAUUCCUCAAAUUACUGAAGGAAAACGAAUUAACAUUGAUAGAAGUUGUCAAUUCUCAUACAAAUGCAGACAACGAUCAGUAAUCGAAUUUUGUUUCGAGAUCAAAAACAAUUUUGGCAUCCCAUUCAAUUUUCCAAUUAAUACCUACUUUACUAUUAUUUAAACUAUUGUAAUUACGAUUAACCAAUAUUUAUUGAAUGAACGAGGGAAAGAGAGAGAGAGAGGAAUGAAUUUUUUUUGUAUGAAUCUUCUAUUUUGACUGGUAUCUUUUAAUGCAUUACAGUGUAAGACUAAAUGAUGUAAUACAUAAAGUUAGAAAAUAAAUCGUUUUAAAAUU